GUGUGAAAUUUAGGGGGUGGGACAGUGUAUUUCUAAGGUAAGGGGUUUCAUUAUUUAACCCAUUUUAAAUGGUGUUUUUGGUGCCAUAUUGGUGCUUUUAUCUGUUUGAGGCCUAAAUAACCUGAUUUUUCAUUUGGAGGGGAUCAUUUGGAUUUAAAAAAUGUUUCUGUCCAAUUUGGUCACCCCCACAUAUUCAACAUACAUGGAAGUGUCCUUUUUGCAGGGAUUGCUGGGAAGAAGAAGGAGGGUGUCGAGCUUGGGACUUUGGAAAGGCAGUUUUGGUCAGAGCCAGUUUGAAAAGAUCAUCGUCACCAUGAUGGACGAGGAGAUACAAGAGGACCACAGCAAGCUGAAGCAGGGCCUAGUCAAAGUCCUGCAGUGCGUGGCCACCAUCUCGUCGGCGGCAGCCGUGGUCAACCCCAUCUUCGGCGUGGCGGGCUCCCUGAUCCGGGUGGUGCUGCACCACGUGGACGAUGAGGACAUCCGCACGCUGAAGCGCGAGUUCGGCACCGUCCACCAGAAGCUGGACGAGCUGUCCCAGCAGAACCGCCGGACGCUGGUCCAGAUCGAGAAGGAGACGCUGGACGGCCAGUACUGCCACGUGGAGGAGAACCUGAAGAACCAGUUCAGGAAGUUCAUGGCCAUGGUGGAGGCGCGGCCGGAGCACCGCGACGGCAAGAAGGACGACUUCGAGGAGAGCUACGCCAACGACCUGGGCGACCAGAACCUGCACACGCUGUACGACGGCGUGGUGGGCAAGCGCAAGCUGUUCAGCCGGCCGAUCCUGGAGGUGUACCUGAAGCACUCGCAGGGCGACCCCCGCGUCAUGGAGCGCCUCUGCACGCGCCUCACGUACCUGUUCUGCAUCGGCCUCAUCGCCCUGAUGGGCUACGCCGCCGUCAUCGGCGACGACGAGGAGGGGCUGAGCGAGGAGUGGGCCGAGAAGAUGGAGCAUGUGCAGGAGAAGAUGCAGGAGGCGCUGCGCAGGUGCACAUGAGGAGGAAGGAAGGCUCAACAUUCCCACCUCAACUCCCGCUCUCUCUGUCCACAUCAUCUCCUUUUUACCGCGCGAACCUGAAGGCAACAUCUGCCAAAUCCUGCUGCACGAAAACAGGCUGUUGAUUGGUUGCUUUCACAUCACAGCCAAUUAAAACAUAGAGAUAAAUUCACCUUAAUCAAAUGAAAACACUAAUUUAGAUUUAAUUUUUAAAAAAAGCAUUUAGACGCAAAUGUGUAUUUUUGGGGCAGAUCAGAAUCUAAGAAACGAUUAAAAAACACAAAAUAUUACCAAAUAUUUUUCUCUAAUUUCUAGUGCAAAUAUGAGGACACUUGAAAUUAGACAAAACUAAAAUAUAUAAGCUUGUUUUAAGUCAAUAAUUCAUGUAUGUAGGUAAAAAAAUACCAGUUCCGCUGACAGAUUAUUUUCACCAAUAACAACAUUUUUUUUCUGUUUCCAGUGGAAAAAUCUGCCAGUUCAAUCAGCACUUCCUGUAUUGACUUAAAAUAAACUUAUUUAUUAUUUUUGAAGUUAGUUUUGUUUCAUUUCCAGUGUGCUAAUAUAUUUGGAGUAGAAACUAGACACGUGAUUUGGUGUUUUUGCAGAUAACCUCUAUAAUUAUCAACCUAUUUAUCAUGAAACUGCUUUAAAAGCUGCAUUAACAUGAAAUAUCUGCAUGUUGUAUCCAUUUUAUGAAUAAUAUUUCAGCGUAUUUAUCUUUAUUUUCCAUGAAGUGUCAAUGUAAAGUCCAGUUUCAUGAUAUAAAAUCACAUUUCUGCACUUUGUGGAAUACUGGCCUUGUGUUGGGAAUCUUCCCGGGGAUUUGGGAAGCUGUUGCCAUAGUAACCAACGAGCGUCUGGAAGUUUCCAGAAUGAUGAAUGUAAAAGAAAAAAAAUCACCAUGUAUGACCUGUGAUCACACUUCCACCUUCAUGUUGUUAUGUCAUUUCUUUUUACAUAUUAUUAAUCAUUUGUACACUAUUAUGAGCUGAGAUCUUUAUUUAGGUGAUAAAACUUUAUAUUUUAUUAAAAGUUAAAGACACUAAGUGAUGAAAAUAGGAAGUUGCUUUUGUUUCCAGUCACACUACACUUUCUUUCUCUCUGUUGGGAGGAAAUCAGUUACAUUUUGGCGAUUGGCUUAAUCUUCUGUGCAUUUUUUGUGUAAAAAUCCUAUUUUUGUUUCCUGUCUGCAGCUUUUUAAUGAACACAGGAGAGGCACCAAGAGUUGGAUUUCUAAUGUCUGAGAGAGAAUUUAUUCUUUUAACCUGUAAGGUGUCAGAAUCAUGACUUUUCUUUCUUUGUCACCUCCACUCUUCUCUUCUUGCCUGUUUUUUUACCCUGAGUGCCUGAAUGUGCAGUACUGUACCUGCUCUUAUUUUAUUUUUCUAGAUUUUAUACGCCACCAGGUGGUUGGUUGGUUGGUUGGUUGAGUCCAGAUUUAUUGUUCAUAUUUUGGGGGGUUUUGGGUUUGUGCUCGUGAAUCGAAGCCGUCCUGCUCGGUUCUGAGCGGAUCGGGUUUGUGGUUCUGGAUCGUCCCACUUAUUGUUACAACACUAUUAAAGCUUAAAGCGCUCUUCUUUACGUGGAGGAAAACUGGACCCUGAACGUCUCCUGACAUGUCAGAUAUGUGAAUAUGUUCAUGUUUUUUUGUUUUGUUUGGGUUUAUAAAUGUUUCCUUCGACAUAAAUAAAGAUGUGAGAAGAAAA